UUAAAUUGCGCGUCCUCUGACUAUUUAUGCCAGUGGACGGCUAGCGGAAAAUGUUUCAUACCUGGCCAAGGUUGGCGUCCACCGAUGAGGGCAGAAAACCCCUCACCCCAGGGCCUCGCUCACACCUACAAGAUGCACUGCUGGGACAACGACAUCAACCAACACUUCCAGGACGCCAUCGACGUCAUUCAGCAGCAUUCCGCUCAUCCCUACUACAACUCAGAGUAUGCAGACUACGACACUCUGGGCGCUCAGCAGUGUCAGAUCUCCUACUGCCUGGUUGGCCCCCACGCUGACAUGCCGGCCCACAGAUACGACUGGCACAAUUCCAGCGCACAGCAGACAUGGUCCCAGGUGUUUCCCGACGUGCCCUCAAUCCAAAGCGAACCCACUCACUUCUACACAUCCCAACGCCUCGGGCCAUCACAAAGGAACAGCAGAGGUCGCAAGAAGCUGCGCCUGUACGAGUACCUCCACGAGGCCCUCCACGAUCCCGAUAUGGGCGACUCCAUCCAGUGGAGCGACAGCGAAAGUGGCACCUUCCACUUCGUGUCCAAGAACAAGGAGCGUCUGGCCGAGUGCUGGGGCCAGCGCAAGGGCAACCGCAAGACCAUGACCUACCAGAAGAUGGCGCGGGCGCUGCGCAACUACAGCCGAACGGGCGAGAUCGUCAAGGUGCGGCGCAAACUCACCUACCAGUUCAACCCCGACGUCUUGCACAGGUUGGGCUCGGGGCAGGCGUCGAGCGGGACCCCGCCCAGCCCGGCCGCCGCGCCAAGCUACUGCGGCCCGGCGGCGCUCGACUGGCAGAGCUGGCACGAACAGUGCCCGGCGCAGGACUACGAGCAUGCUGCCGGUUUCACCGCACUUUGUUGA